CACUGACUGACUUCACUUUAACUGGUACCACGUCGCCGUACCGUACUGUAACGUCCUGCAUUUAUAAUUUAAAAAUUCUAGCCACAUAAAAAUAAAUGUUAACAUAAUAAUUAUUUCCACUUAUCUUUGAAAGAGAUAUUUAUUUUAAUUUAUCCAUAAACCGUUCAACGUUCUACUCAGCUGGUUGAAUUUGUUAUUCCUAUUGAUUCUCGACGUUCUGCAGUGCGUUUUAUUGUCGUUAUUUAUUUAUUUAUAAUUGUUUUACAUUUUUUAUUCAAGUCGGUGCGCCGAAUUAUGGAAUAUAGUGACGUCGAAUUCGAACAUAUCAGUGUGACAGUUAACGAAAAUGAUCUUGAAAGUGGAGCUUUGAAGAUAUUGCAAGUUAUACGACCAGAAUGGCCAGUUGCCAGUGUUAGAUUUAAGCUGUUAACAGAUGGUAUCACGAACAAACUCAUAGGCUGUCUUCCAGAGGAUGCACCUGAGAACGAGACGGUACUUAUCCGAGUUUAUGGCAACAAAACUGAUCUACUCAUCGAUAGGAAAGCUGAAACAAGGAACAUCCUUGUCCUCAGCAAACAAGGUCUGGCUCCAAAUCUUUAUGCCACUUUUGAAAACGGACUGGCAUAUAGGUUUCAGCCUGGAUGUACCUUGAACAAAGAAACUGUCCGGAACCCCAAAAUAUACAAUCUGGUAGCAAGGAGAAUGGCAAAACUACAUAAAGCCAAUGUUGAAGAAGAAGAAAAUCCUAAACCGUUUAUUUGGAAGAAAACUAGGGACUUUUUGAAUUUAGUUCCUGAGACAUUUUCGUGUGCAAAGACACAGAGAAGAUAUGUGGAAAUGCGUCUUCCAUCGCAAACGGACCUAAACGAAGAAAUAAUUGAUUUACAAAUGGCUUUGGAGAAAGUUGAUUCACCAACUGUGUUUUGCCACAAUGAUUUACUUUUGGGAAACGUGGUUUUUACGGAAAAUGAAAAUAACGUUACUUUUAUCGAUUACGAAUAUGCGGCUUUUAAUUACCAGCCUUUUGAUAUUGCUAAUCAUUUUGCUGAGUUCGUAGGUAUUGAUGUAUUAAAAGUAGAUUACAAAUCAGACUUUCCGUCCAAAGAGCUGCAAAUAGACUGGAUAAAAAUAUAUUUACAAGAAUUCCUCGAAAGAGAACCAGAAGAAAAAGAAAUCGAAGCGUUGUACAUAAAUACCACAAGAUUUGUCUUGGUGUCGCAUAUAUUUUGGGGUAUUUGGGCCCUAAUACAAGCUGAACAUUCCACUAUUGAUUAUGAUUUUUUGAUGUUUGCUAAAGUCCGAUUAGACGAAUACUUUGCCAGAAAAAAAGAGUUUUUAGCUUUGAAGGUUCCUGGAAAUAAUGCAAAACUUUAAUCACAGUCUCAGGCUUGGAUUUGAUAUACUCACACAAAUAAUAAAGCAAAACUUGAGUAGAAUAUUUGUAAGAAAUUCUUAUUUUUAUGAUAGAUAUUAUUUUUAUGCUAGCAAGUUGAUCGAACAUAAAAUAGAAUUUUGUAUGCACUAGUAAACCUUAUUUUUUGAAGACAUUUUAGUCUUUUCUUCAGUUUUUGUUAAUUCUGUAACCUGUAACAUAUCUGCGUCUGUCUUAAUUUGUUUAGCUUUAGAAAGGCUACACGCCAAUUUUUACAUUACCAUUGACAAUUUACCUCCUUUUAGACAAUAAAAAUGUUAAAUGUUUAGUGUUAGUGUAGUUCAAAUUUUGUCACUAUUUCUUAGUUUAGCUCAUAUUCAUUUGAUUGUUAAAUUUGAUUGGUAAAUUUUAUAAAUAGACAAUAUUUUAUUAAAAUGUGUUUGUCACACUCA